AUGGACCGAUGCGAACAAGACUUGGUCGUCUUCUCGGGCAAAGAGCACAGUCGUUGCUUCAAGUACCCGGAAUACCUCAAUGUCUACCGAGCCGGCUCUCCCAAAACCCUCUUCAUGGGCUUCUUUCGAAUAGUGACCAUUGUCAUCUUUCCCAUAGGCUGCCUCUUCGCGACAAACUUUUACUUCUCGCCCGACCACUCAAGCUUAUGGAUUGUCCCCUUCGUCCUAGGAUCUGCCGUCCCAAUGGUGGUCAUGAUGCUAGCCACAGGGCCCUACGUGCAUUCCAUUAAAGUCCGUCUUCCACCGAGUGUUCGAACGUCUAAGGAGGAAUUGUUGAAGUUCGCGGACAACACGCCUAGCAACACUCAAUUACAGAUCGAGUGCAUGAGAGUUUUGCCGUGGCCGACGAAAAGAGACGUCAAGUUUGGUCUGCUCAGGAAAUACAGGCCGAGUUUCAAAAGAGGGUUGUCAAAUCUGGAGUACGUACCCGAGCACACUGGAGAAGCUGCAAAAUAUGAGGGGACCUGGUGGCAUAACGUGAUCAAGAACUUCUUGGGCAGAUUCAUGGUCGACAAUGUGGUCCUAGACAGGAGCUCAGCGCCUGGAGUAUGGCCCAAGAUGUGGAGGCAGAUACCAGAGCUUGGAAGUCAGAACGAUCCUGAGAAGAAGAUGGGCGAGGAGAGGAGGCCGCUCGUUAUGGCGAAUCGACCGCAGCGAGGCACGAACGCACAUACACGUCCAUUGGCGAAGCCCGGCAGCGCCAAGCGAUGA